CGACCCAUCGUGUUAAUCUAUCUACUUACUCUGUCACGAACUUAUCGGUGGUACUUUUUUUUCCAUACCUAUCGGUUACAAUGGAAGUGAACACAAUUUCUGACAAAGAGUUUGUGAAAUGUGUUAACAAUGGGGACUAUAGCACUGUGAAAAAGCAACUGAAAUUAGGAGCAGAUCCCAAUAUUUACGAUGAAGAAGGGAAUCCGCUGCUAUUUCUUCCAAUUAUUAAUGGAGACGAUGAAAUGAUGGACAUUCUUUUGUCCUUUGACAAAUGCAAUAUAAACAUCAUAAGCUACGAUCUACGAACACCAUUGCUGAUUGCUGUGGAACUGGAUGAUCUAGAAUUUGUCAAGAGUCUAAUUAAAUCAGGAGCAAACAUAGACUGUAUAGAUGGGUCUGGGAAGACGCCUCUUCUGUUGGCGCUAGAGGAGGGUCGGUUUGAGAUCGCCGAGUACCUGAUGAAACGGGGAUGUAAUGUCAAUGCCGUGGACGGCCUCGGUCAGAGCGCCCUUCACUUCGUCGCUAACGGCACCCACAGUCACUGUAUCAAAAUGGUGGACAAGAUAAUGAAAAACGGUUUUAAACUAGAGGAAAAUAAUGAGUGGAUACCCGCAGCAAGUGUGAAAUCUCGGACGAUUGGACGAAAAACCAAACUGCCUAAGGUCAUGCGAAGCCUCAGCAUGCGUGUGAAGAAUUUCCCUAGUUUCAGAAAACCUAACCCCAAUACCCCAAAAACAUGACUCAAUGUAUAAACCCAAUUUCAUCAAGUCAAUGAAGAUGAUGAAUUGCAGAAGCACGAUCAAAUCAGGCAGCGCAACCAUCUUAAUGCCAUAAAACCACAUCUAGAGCCCGAUUCCUGGAGGCACAUUGCAGCGCAAGGCUGCCCAUGUUUGACCAUUAAUUUCAUCACAUGACAGUCGGUGCUCACUGGCAGUGGUUAUGCAGUCGUACAUAACUCGUAAAAUCACACUGAAGUAAAGACGGAAAGAGGAAAUGAAUAAAAAUUACAUUCACCACGGACGAAUUCAUUUAUUGUAGAUUGCCUCAGAGAUGGAGCAGAGUAUGACUACAUGUAGUAAUUGGAGCGGAAUAAAAAACGUCAAGCUAAA